CAGCUACCAACAGGAAUCAUGGAGGGAGGGUGGGGUUGAAACAUAUGAAGAUUGAGAGCAGAGGAUGGGACUGCAGAGAGCAUACCAACGGGUAGGCACCUAAAUAAGAUCACUUGCUAAGGUUGCCUCCCUGAGACCAGUUUCCUUUCGGUUCCCUUUCGAACCCCAAAUAUACUAGUGAAUGCUCCUCUUUAGAUUCUUCUUAGCUGGUGCCAAUCUCUAUCUGGCAGUAGGGUUAGGUAAAGCUAUUGCCUUGGAGCAUCGAACCUCCCUUCCUGCUGCCUUUUCUCCUGUCCUAUGUUUCAAUUUGGAAGAAGGAAGUUUAAGUUAGGAGAUUGGUAGAGGUAGAGAGAAAGGCGAUAAAGAUUGGAUUUUGAUAGCGGGAAGAAGAUAAAGGUGCGGUUUUUGUCGUCGUAAAUCGCUAAAGGUCCGGGGUUUCGAUGGGAGGGAAGUGGAAUCUCAACGAGGCAGCCACUGAGGAGGAUGAGCAGGAGGAGAAGAAGUGGGGCGUUGCGAGGACCGGCUCCGCGGAGACCGAGAACGAUCACUUUGUUUCCUCUGACGUCGUCAUCGAGGUCUCCGACGAGGGGCAGCCGGUUCCCGGCGCCACGAAGAUCUUUGGAUUCUCCAUCUCCGGCAGCCGCGACGAGAUUCCUUCAGCCGAGCGCGAGACGGACGUCGUGACGCACCAAUUCUUUCCCGAGGGUGACGUGGACGGGAUGGCGCCGGAGCUGGUGGUGACUGAGAGGGCGACGGAGGAGUCGCAGGCCGCGAAGAAGAGCCGGAGGGGACCGAGGUCGAGGAGCUCCCAAUUCCGAGGCGUCACUUUCUACCGGAGGACCGGGCGGUGGGAAUCCCACAUAUGGGACUGCGGGAAACAAGUUUAUCUGGGUGGAUUCGACACUGCGCAUGCAGCAGCAAGGGCGUACGACCGAGCUGCGAUCAAGUUUCGUGGACUAGACGCAGAUAUUAAUUUCGAUCUGGAUGACUACAAGGAUGAUCUGGAGCAGAUGAGCAACCUUACCAAGGAGGAGUUCGUUCAUGUGCUCCGACGUGAGAGCACCAGCUAUCCCAGAGGAAGCUCCAAAUACAGGGGAGUGACCUUGCACAAGUGUGGAAAGUGGGAGGCCAGAAUGGGCCAGUUUCUGGGUAAAAAAUACGUUUAUUUGGGUCUCUUCGAUACGGAAGUCGAAGCUGCUAGAGCUUAUGACAAGGCUUCGAUCAAAUGCAAUGGAAAGGACGCAGUGACAAACUUCGAUCCCAGCAUAUACAAGGAGGAGCUCGGCACAUCCACCGGCCAGCAUGAACACAAUCUUGACCUUAGUCUUGAACCAACCGGAACGAAUUGUCGGGCUCCAAUGGCCUUCGUAUCGGAGUGGAAUCAUGAUGCCAGAUCCAAGUUUGAGGACAAGCUCGAGCUGCCUAAAGGAACAGAUUCUACAAUUAGCUUUCCAUGUAGCAAUGGCUAUACCCAGUCCCAGCCCAAGGUCUUGCCACAACCAUCCACACUGUCCCAGAUCAUUCCAGGGCAAUCCAAUUCAUCUAAUUGUAGUCAAUAUCCAAGCAGCAGCAAUGGCUCAAGGCCUGGAGGAGGAUCUCUCUACUAUAACUUCAUGGCAAGCAACAAUGGAGGCAUUUGGGUUGGUGAACAAGCAGGAAGAAAUCCUUAUCGAAGAAGAAUGUUUGUGCAGCAUCAUCAGGAUUCCCACCAUAAGUAGCAGCAGCAGCAGCAACAGAAGAAGAAUGGCUUCCAAUCCCCCCCCCCAACACACCAUAAGGGCCCUGCUGCCAAAAGGACCACUUUUGACUUUGUCUUGUUUUGUUUUCAGUAGCAAUUGUGCCAGCAACUUCCAACUCCACAAAAAUCCUUUGUAGAUAGAGCAUAGAGGGGCGGAGGCAAUUGAAGACACUCACUCUUUCUUUUCAGAAGAACUUCAUACUUCUGCUUGAUUCAUGUGCUGUCUCUUGUUUCUCUGUAGCAAAGUUUUGCUGUAAAUGUUAAAGAGUUGAGAAAUGGAAGAUGAGAAGAGGGGAAGGGUCAGUGCUUGUGAUGUGCGAGAAUUUUAUGUAACAAAGGGGCAAACUGAUGUGGAAUGGAUUCAAGACAUUGCUUA